CUCCUUCCCCCCCUCUCAGCAUCCUCCUGCACUGGACCUUUGUCAGCCGCACAGCCAUCAGAUUUGCAAUCGAGGCCCGCAGCACCACUCUGACUAAGAAUGGUUGGAUGGCCGUUGGAUGGUCGGGCAACAAGGGCAAGAUGAAGGGCACAGAUGCAGUCGUGGGGAACCUGCCUGGCGUGGUUCCGGUGCACAUGAGUGGUUACUCUAAGAAGCUUGUAACACAAACGAGUUCGUUUACUAUCGAGAAUGUUGUGGUUGCCACUACUUCUGAAGGAGGCACCAAGGUCGCGUUCACGAGGAAGGUGGGGAUGGGAGUGGUGCCCAUCAAGCUCAACGCCAUCAACUACAUCAACUGGGCCUUCAGCAGCAGCGGCACCAAGGCCUUAGCCUUCCAUGCCUCCAACCAGGGCGGCCUUGCCGUGGACUUCUCGUGCUUCAGGAAGCCGUCCUCUCUGUGGGGCGGCGGGCCCGACUACUCAGACGACUCCAACUACGACAAUCCGCCCUCUGGCGGUUCUGGCAGUUCUGGUGGCUCUGGCGACAACGAUGACAACGACGAUGACGACGACGACAACGACGACGACGAUGAUGAUGACCACCACAACGACCACCACGAUUCGCACCACAGAAAGUCUCGCCAUGGCAACUCACACCACGUCAGCUCGCUCCACGGCAACUCGGACCGCGGCAGCUCGGACCGCGGCAGCUCGUUACACGGGUCUGGCGACCGCACUGCAAGCGCCUCCGCCGACUUGUCAGCUGGGGUGGCUUGGAGCAGCAGGCAUGGGAAGAACGGUGUGUACAAGCAGAAGGCGCUGGGCCAACACCACCGUGCUGCCACUGCCGGUGCCGGUGCUGGUGCCGGUGCCGGUUCCAGAGCCGGUGCUGCAGCUGGUGCUGGUGCCUGUGCCGGUUCCGGUUCCGGUUCCGGUUCCGGUUCCGGUGCUGGUUCCGGUGCCGGUGCCGGUGCUGGUGCCGGUGCCGGUGCUGCUGCUGCUGCUGCUGGUGCUGGUGCCGGUGCCAGGGCCGAUGCUGGUGCUGGUGCCGGUGCCGGUGCUGGUGCUGGUGCUAGUACUGGUGCUGGUGAAUGGAAGGGAUUGACAAAUGCUGACUGGUGGACCGGAAAUUCUGCCAUUCAGAAAGCUAUUUUUGGAGGUUGAUCCUGUUAAAGUAAGAACUGAAUGAAUGACUAGAAGGUGAAACCCUAGAACAAAUACUAGUUGGCUGUACUCACUAGAAGCAUACCUCAGCCUAGCCUAUAACUUCUACAUAGCUUAUAUGUCUAAGUUGACACUGUCAAACAUCUGUAUUUGUCAUGUUUGUAUAGA